AUGAUCGUCGUGGGCGACGACAUCUCCUUCAGUCACGACCAAUUCGAGGGACUGAUCCUUGAGCGCACGCUUCGAAGGGUCGGCAUCAAGGCGACCGACGCCGCGAACCCCAUCACUUCCGUCGCACCAACCCCGUAUGGCCCGAGGGGGCGACGGGAGGGGGGUCGAAGGGGCCCAACACCUUGUCGGCAAUAUUCGUCGAGGAAACACCCGCAGCGCCACGAGGUGGUGGCUCAGAGAAGAUCGUCGCUGCCGCUCCAUUUUCCCAAAGCACGGGUGCUGGUCACGCCCCUGCGCAUCAUGCCGGAAGCCCCCGAAGCCGACCAAACCAACCGCGUGUUGCGCCAGUACGGCUACUUGGUCAACCUCUCCAAAGUUCCCGAAUUACGUGGAAAACCCGACCAAGGAAAGCUAAGUGUCGGAGGCGAUCCUGGGCCAAAUCUGCCGCCGCGCCAUACAAGCACGUUUCCCAGCGACGAAUCCCGAUCGCACGUGAGGCCAUGA